AAUCCUCUGAGUGUCCACCCACAGUGGACUGAGAUUUCUGAACUGCUCAGCCCACCCCCAGCUUUUCACAGCAGCACAGAAACAGAUCGCCAUCAUGAGUGAGGUCAACAGGGAAUCUCUGGAAAAAAUCCUUCCACAGCUGAAGUGCCAUUUCACCUGGAAUUUAUUCAAGGAAGGAAGUAUGUCAAGUCAUAUGGAAGACAGGGUGUGCAACCAGAUCGAACAUUUAAACUUUGAAUACAAAGCAACAAUGUAUGACUUAUUGGCCUAUAUAAAGCACCUAGAUGGAGAAAACGAGGCAGCCCUGGAAUGCUUAGGGAUAGCUGAAGGUUUACGGAAGCCAGAGCACGAUGAUCAAGCAGAAAUUAGACAUCUGGUCACCUGGGGAAACUAUGCUUGGAUCUACUAUCACAUGGGCAAUCUCUCAGAAGCUCGGGCUUAUGUUGACAAGGUGAGACAAGUUUGCCAAAAGUUUGCAAAUCCUUACAGCAUGGAAUGCCCAGACCUUGACUGUGAGGAAGGAUGGACACACCUAAAGUGUGGAAGAAAUGAACGAGCCAAAAUGUGCUUUGAAAAGGCUCUGGAAGGGAAGCCCAAGGAUCCAGAGUGCUCGUCUGGGAUGGCCAUUGCCAUGCUCCGCCUAGAAGAAAGACCUGAGAAGCAGGUCUCUGAGGAUGCUCUGAAGCAGGCCAUGCAGCUGAAUUCUCAGAACCAGUAUGUGAAAGUUCUCCUGGCCCUGAAACUGCAGAAGAUAGGAGAAGAAGCUGAAGGGGAACGAUUGAUUAAAGAUGCCCUGGAAAAGGCUCCUAAUCAAACAGACGUCCUCCAAAAGGCUGCUCAGUUUUACAAGAAAAAGGGUAACCUAGACAGAGCUAUUGAAUUUCUUAAAAAAGCACUGAGAUCCACAGAUCACAACAGUCCCCUCUACUGCUUGGUCAUGAGCCGUUACAGGAACAUACUAGAGCAGCUGCCGAACACAGGAGAAGCUGACAACAGUAAGAGAAGACAGAGGAUGGAAGAACUGAGAAGAUUAACAAUGGAGUACAUGAAUAAGGCUCUGCAGAGGAGGCAAAGUCCUCUGAACUCCUACUCAGAUCUCAUCGAUUUCCCAGAAGUAGAGAGAUGUUAUCAGGUGGUCUUCAGCAAGGAGAGCCCUUGUGCGGAGGAAGAAGAACUGUAUGAGCGCUAUUGCAAUCUCCAGGAGUGUCACAGGAAGUCUGAAGCCCUUGCAACCCUGGAGGAUUUCAUGCAGUUUCCCAGACAUGAAAACCCCAUCGAGAAGGAAGAAGUUAACCAGCAAAUACAGAACACAGAUCGAAACCUGUAAUAGGAAAUGUAGCUGGAAUCUUGGCCUUUCCAGGGAUAAAUGAGAAGCUGAAUGGGUUAGGGGUUUGGGUGGGAACAGACUUUGGGGCAUAGGCAGCGUUUUCCUGAAAUCUUGUGAGCCUGGGGACAACUGGAAUGUGUCAGAGUGCAGACUCUCAGCUCUGCAUUGUGAGAGAGGUAUGCUGUGGAGUGGUGCUUAUGGGGAGGAAAGGACUGGAUAAGCAGGAGCCUUCCUGUCAAGGAUUGGUAAGAAGCUGUUCUUGAUUGUUUUUUAGCGAACUGCUUUCUCUCCCUGACUUCUCUGCUCAUCCUAGCCAUAGAAUUUUCCAGUGACACAACCUUAUUUCUAAUCAUGUAGGGAAAUGGGGCAUAAAACUCACAGAGAACGUUUGAUUACAAUUUUUCUUGAAAUAUAUCACACCUGCCAACAUAAUUUAGUCUAGUUUCUUCAUUCCAUUUCAUUGUAGUCUCUUAAGCCUGAAGGAUUAACUGUUACCUAAUUCUAGAACAUUCUUUGCACAUCAUUCUUCUAUUCUACUGUGGUUUUGUAUGUGUGUCCCUAUCAAUCAUAGUACAGUUAACAUGUAUGCCAAAUUGAAAUUGUAGAAAAGACACCUAUAAACGUUUCAAUGAAAAUGCAGUCGUUGCAGAGUGAGGUGCUCAGGUCUCUUUCCCAGGUAUGCUGUGACAACACACUGAAGCAUAAAAGGGCACCAUGUUCUGGCCUGUGUUUUACUAAGUUCUGUUGUCCUAGACUCUAAAUUGAAUGUGCUUCUCUGUCUCACAGCAAUAUAGAAUGUAGGCUUAACACCCUGUUCCUUUCUAACAGUAAUUAAUAGACUGGUCAGAGCUGCAUUUGUACUGAUAAUAACCUUAACAUUUAGUACUUUUCAAAUGUUUAAAUUGUUUGUAUCCAAUGUUUCAUUGUUGUUGCUUGAUUAAAAAUUACCCAUUAAGCAUUUUA